AUGGAAGGAAUCAACAAGUGCACGCGUUGGUUUUUGUCUAUGAAACCCAAAGACUCCUUCUUGAAGCGUCUUGAUGUUAGCACAAAGCACAAAGCGACAAAUCAGCAUUUUAUGUUUGGAGGACACAAUACUAAAACACUAGGGAUGAUGCUUUAUUCUGGUAACGAAGUGGAGUUCAUGAAGAAUCAGUUUGAAAACAGACUGACAAAACUAGACGAUGACGGGAAAGCGGAAUUCUACUUUGAAAACCCCCGACCAGAAACAAAAUUGGCCAAGCUCAAUGGUCCCAUCGUAGAUCAAUAUCUGAAGACGGAGAGAAAAAGGAACCGAAUAUUUGAGGCUGCCAUGCACUUUUGGCAAGCCCUCCGCGAGUGCGAUAAAGACGGGAACGACGCCAUAGAUAAAGACGAACUAAGGAAAGCGCUGCAAAAUGGCAUAUUCACCGAGCACGAUGCCACAGUGCUGUUCGGUAAGACGUACAGCGUGGACCAGAUCUUCCAAGAUAUGGACACAAAUAAAGACGGAUCGGUAGGUGGCGUUUUAAAUGAGUUUUAUUAA